AGAAAUCAUCAUUUAGUUAGCUCGCGGUUAGCUGCCUGAAGCCGACUGCCGAAGUGUGAUGAGCUUAGGACCCGAUAUUAGUACAUUAUUUUACUUUCGAUAGGUGCAACGAUGACCCUUUGACAUCAAGAAUGGACAUAAGUUAACAAUGACGGGGGAGAAAAAGAAGAAAAAGCGGCUGAACCGCAGCAUUCUUCUUGCAAAGAAAAUUAUAAUAAAAGAUGGAGGAAGUCCUCAGGGAAUUGGUGAACCCAGUGUUUACCAUGCUGUGGUGGUCAUCUUCCUGGAGUUUUUUGCAUGGGGUCUCCUCACCACCCCAAUGCUCACGGUUUUACACCAGACAUUCCCCCAGCACACAUUCCUGAUGAAUGGACUUAUUCACGGUGUGAAGGGCCUAUUAUCAUUUCUGAGUGCUCCGCUGAUUGGAGCAUUGUCAGAUGUAUGGGGACGCAAGUCCUUCUUGCUGCUAACGGUCUUCUUCACAUGUGCGCCCAUUCCCCUAAUGAAGAUCAGCCCAUGGUGGUAUUUUGCAGUCAUCUCCAUGUCUGGCGUCUUUGCUGUCACCUUCUCUGUGAUUUUUGCAUAUGUGGCAGACAUCACGCAGGAGCAUGAGAGGAGUACGGCAUAUGGUUUGGUAUCAGCUACCUUUGCGGCCAGCCUGGUUACCAGCCCAGCCAUCGGAGCUUACCUGUCUGUAGCCUACGGUGACACCUUAGUGGUGAUUUUGGCCACAGCCAUCGCCCUACUUGACAUCUGCUUCAUCCUGGUGGCCGUACCAGAGUCACUGCCAGAGAAGAUGAGGCCAGCAUCAUGGGGAGCCCCCAUCUCCUGGGAACAGGCAGACCCUUUUGCUUCUCUGCGUAAAGUGGGCCAGGACUCCACAGUGCUCCUCAUCUGUAUCACAGUGUUUCUCUCCUACCUCCCCGAGGCCGGCCAGUACUCCAGCUUCUUUCUCUAUCUCAGACAGGUGAUAGGCUUCUCCUCAGAGACAGUGGCUGCCUUUAUCGCAGUUGUGGGGAUCCUCUCAAUACUAGCCCAGACGGUUGUGCUGGGGAUCCUGAUGCGUUCAAUAGGGAAUAAGAAUACAAUCCUGCUCGGCCUCGGCUUCCAGAUCCUCCAGCUGGCCUGGUAUGGCUUUGGCUCUCAGCCCUGGAUGAUGUGGGCAGCUGGAGCUGUUGCAGCCAUGUCAAGCAUCACUUUCCCUGCCAUCAGCGCCAUUGUGUCCCGUAAUGCAGACCCUGAUCAGCAAGGCGUUGUCCAGGGGAUGAUUACUGGAAUUCGGGGCCUCUGCAACGGUUUGGGUCCUGCUCUUUAUGGCUUCGUUUUCUACCUGUUCCACGUGGAGCUGACCGACACCGACAGCUCUGGGAAAGGUGCCAAACUCAACAUGGCCAAUCCAACAGAUGAGAGUGCCAUCAUCCCAGGUCCUCCCUUCCUGUUUGGUGCAUGCUCAGUGCUGCUAUCUCUGUUGGUGGCUCUGUUCAUCCCAGAGCACACGGGGCCCGGCAUGAGGCCUGGUGCCUAUAAGAAGCACAGCAAUGGGGCACAGAGUCACUCCCACAGCCCCCAAGGCAGUGGGGCAGAGGGCAAGGAGCCACUGUUGGAGGACAGCAGCGUAUAACCUCAGCUAAGGGGGGCGGACUCCCAAUGCGCCACCACAGAAGCCCCUGCACACAUGGACAGAUACACACAUUUUACCACAUCGACACACAUGCACCUCAGGCACACAUCAGACUCGAGUGCCAAGAAGAGGCGUUUGUGUCUGUGUGAUUGUGUCCACAGCACAAAAGUGGGCAGUCCUUCCUUAGCAGCCCUUCUCCUUUUGAAAGCAGGGUAUUCUGAGGACUCUCUAAAGACCCUGUAUGAAGAGAGCGUACUGAGCGUUUUUCAAGCUGCGGUGGAAAGGUGUGUGUUUGUAUGGCUGAGCUGGACUCCAAUUUUUCGUUUCUCUAAAGUUGUAAGAGAGUGGAGCAUACAAUAGCUUGCCCCCCUCUUGGUGCAAAACAGAACCGAGGCAUUUCUGAUUAAGAGUAUGUGUCGGGGUAUAUCUCAAAUGUUAUUAAAUCUUUGUGUGACUCUUGAUAUUCCUCCUUAGUUAGUCAAGUGGCAAUACUGUUUGUCCACGAGAGUGUAACAAACAGUUGGUUGCACACUUGUGUAAUGCUCUUUCACAAGAUAACUUCUGUUGUGAUGCUUGUCGUUGCAACUACAGCUCUGUUAAAGCAUCCAAGAAGGGAACACAGUUCUUCCUCUGUGUGCACAACAAGGAAACACAGCAACUGUUAACCUGUGAGAGGGGUCUCUGCAAACUAGAGAGGCCCUGCCUGAUCUCUGUUAGGAUGGUCAACCAAUUCAGAUACAGAAAGCUUUGUUAGGACCACACUUUGUUUAAAUAUCACACUUCUUACAGAGAGAAGUGUAGGAGAGAGACCACUUUAUUAGCUCAAAUGGUUUUUCAAUGUUUACUUGCCAUUCUCUAGAUUAGUAGUACAGUUUGGGUUGUAUAUUUUUCUCUGUUCAAACUGAAGGCUUGUUGUGCUUCAAGUUUUUAUUCAAAAAACAAAUGUUGCCUUGAAGUGACUUAAGAUAAAUAUAUAGAGACAUUACGUAACCUGUAUGAAGACUGAGGUCUGAGAAGGCUCUGUAAUCUUACACUAUCGCUCCCAUCGGAGCCGUUACACACUUUCUAUUCCUUUGUAUUCAUGCCCUUCCUUGGACUUUGUUUCCUGACAUUUAUCACCAUCAGGGUUAAGGCUUACAAAAUCAUGGUUUAAUUUUAAGCCUCUGGACCAUUUGAAGCUAGCGCGUUGCCAUCAGCAUGUCAGUGUUGGCACUGACUGUUAACACAGAGUCUUUGAAUUAAUAUCAUUAGGUUCAGCAGAAUAUCAGUCAUGCUGCUGUAGUAGAAAAUUCUAAGUUUAAGUGUGAUGUGGUGAGGUGGAUAAUGAUUUCUACAGUUGUACCUGGAUAAAAACUACGGUUUAAUGUAAUUCCUAACAAUUAUAAAAGGGGCACUGCGCAUUUCUCAAACAACAACUAACAACCAGUGGUUGAAAUUAUUUGACAUGAAGAACCGCAUGAACCUGGCUGGUAAAUCGUGUUUAACAGGCUGCAGAUUUUCCCCAUGGAGAGCCAUUUGGUCGUGUCAGACUAGCUCUACAAAUGCCAGCCUGCACCACCUAUAGGAGUGAAAUCAAGAGCAGCAGUGGUUUAGGCUUUUAGAUGAAGAUAUGUUGGUGUCACACUGUACGGGCCAGAAAAAUAAGAUCUGCUCCAGCUUUCAGAGAUUAGAUAGUUAACAGCUGUACAGUUUUCAUUUUAAAGGCUGACAUUUGAAUGUUUUUUUUCUUUUUAAGGUUUUACAUUUUCCACAAACAUUUGGCUACAAUGAAUUGCUAUAACAUUGCCAAUUGUUGCCAAUGCCUAUUACCAAGACAUCACAUUCAAAAUUCACGAUAGAGUACAGUAACAACCAUUUAAAGUAUACAAACUACAGUUAAAAUUAAGUUAAAUCUACCACCUUUUUUCUAGCUUUCAUCCACUGAACAAACCACUGAAUUUAGCAACACUUGAAAAUGAGAUCGUUAAAGGAUCUGUUUCUUUUUCUUGCCUGUAAAUGGCCCACAUGUCUGUCUUCUGUUCUGAACUACUGCUGCUGUUUUUUCUAUCAAUAGGCGGCACAGUUGGGACUUCAAGUGCAGGCCUAGAACUGCUGGUACUGUGCCUGGUUUUAAUACUUUGUGUCAGUGGCACUGUUCCCUUUGUUCACAUACUGUGUUAGAAACUGGUAAAUUGUCACUUUGAACCGUUCAUUCAUAUAUGCCUCUUCUAGCCAACAGUGGAUUUCAUGCUGUUUAACAUUUUUCUGAGCUGAAAUGUGUGUCACAUAGUUUGUGCCAAAAUUUUUUUGGUUUGCUUUUUUGUACUGCGUGUGUACGUGCUUACGCACUUGAGUGGUUUGAAUGUUUUUGUUGUUUUCUCUUGUCUUAAUUUUUUUUUUGGCUGAACAUUUAAGUUUUAAUGCUAUUUUUUUUUAUAGCUUUUUAAAACUUCAUCCACUCAUUUUUAGGACUCUUUUCAAUUUAGAUGGUAAGUAAUCGAAUGUCCAUCUGUCUGUUUUCAGUCUCGUUCUUCAUUUAAUAACAAGCAUUUCACAGUGGUGCGUUACAUUUGUUAAGCUUAUUUUUCCCAGAAUUAUCAGUAGAUCAUAAGUCACUGAAUGUUCCAAGUCGAACUGUAUAUGUUGGCCACACUAUGCCCUCAACAUACUGACUUAACCUGUCAUAGUUUUUAUUAUUUCAGAGGGGGUGUUACUACACAGGAGGCCGUUAAAGUUGAUUUGAUAUCCCUGAAUAUAAUUCUUGUUUCAUUUACCAUUCAUUGGAUCAACACUUAAGUGAACGCAUAAAUUCAGAUCCCAAAUAAAUUGGUAAGAUUCUGCACCAGCCCCAUGUGCACUCGUACAGCCUCCAAACAAACAACUGUAAAUGUGCAAAAAUCACCUGUACUUACAGCAAUUGUAUAUAUUUAUUGCUCAAGGAGAUGACCACCUCGUGGUCUCUUUGGUUGUAUGGUGCAGUUAUUAUGAUAUAUUUCUCAAGACUUACCUGCUAGCCACUCCUGUUUUUAGUACAAUGUGGUUUGUGGCCUGAACCCCCUCUCUGUGUGCCUAAAAUUAGCCAAGAAAUGAGUAUGGCAACAUAAGUAAAUGGUGGUUAUUAUGUAAAUAUGGGAAACUAAUGACAAACUAUUUAUUAAAGGUUUAUUGUACAAUGAAA